AAUCACCACCAAAAAAAAAAAAAUAAAAAAAAAAAAAAAUAAAUUGCCAGCUCCAAACACCUUCUCUGCCGAAACUUCUCUCUCUAAUUUUGACAUUAUAGCUCAUCCAUUGAUCUCCACCUAUCUUCCUCCGAUCAACAGCUGUGGAUUUCCCGGCGGACGCUUCCUCAACUUCCCAAUCACUUGCUCGAACAAUUUUCCGGCAAUGUCUUCUUCUUCCCGCUCUCUCCUUAUUUUCUUCUCUCUGUUUCUUCACUCCUUCCUCGCCCUCGUAUCAGCUCAGGGAUCUAACUCUACAGCUCUAUGGCAGACUCUGAGUGGAGAUGCUCCAUUUGUUGUGGCUCGCGGUGGGUUUUCAGGGCUGUUUCCAGAUUCAAGUGGAGUUGCCUACAAUUUUGCAGUUAUGGUUAGUGUUCCUGACGUGAUCUUAUGGUGCGAUGUGCAAUUAACCAAAGAUGGAGUUGGAAUCUGUCUCCCCGAUCUGAGGCUUGACAAUGCUACUGAUGCUCCGACUACUCUGGGGAAAAACCGCACUAGUUCCUAUCUUGUUAAUGGCGUCCGUACGAGUGGAUUGUUUACCGUCGAUUUUGAUUUCAAAGAACUGGAAAAUGUUUCUCUUGUUCAAGGUAUCUAUUCUCGAUCCACCAAGUUCGAUGGCAAUCAGUUUGUUAUUCUUACUGCUGAAGAUGUGGCUAAUCAGUUCAAGCCACCAGGAUUUUGGCUUAAUAUUCAGCAUGAUGUGUUCUUCACGCAGCAUAACGCGAGCAUGAGAAACUUUGUACUUUCUGUAACCAGACGCAUCGUUGUUAACUAUAUAUCAUCACCAGAGGUGGGAUUUCUCAGAAGUAUAGCUGCACGAGUUCCCCGCACAACAAAGUUGAUCCUUCGGUUCUUAGGACCAACUGAUACAGAGAUUACCACCAAUCAGACAUAUGGCUCGCUCUUACGAAAUCUCACCUUUAUCAAGACAUUUGCUUCUGGAAUUCUUGUUCCCAAGACUUAUAUAUGGCCUAUGGGUACAGAUGGUUACGUACAGGCUCAAACCCCUCUUGUUUCUGAUGCUCAUAAAGCACAGCUGGAAGUUUUUGCAUCAGAGUUCUUUAGUGACCUUCCACUAGGCUACAACUACAGUUAUGAUCCCGUUACUGAAUACCUGUCUUACUUUGACAAUGGUAAAUUUUCAGUUGAUGGUGUGCUCAGUGAUUUCCCUAUUACUCCAUCGUCAGCUAUUGACUGUUUUGCUCAUCUGGAUAAAAAUGCCAAAAGUCAAGCCAAGCCUUUAGUUAUUUCAAAAUUUGGAGCUAGUGGAGACUAUCCUGGUUGUACAGAUUUGGCAUAUACCAAUGCUAUGUCAGAUGGUGUCGAAGUGCUCGACUGUCCCGUUCAAAUAACAAAAGAUGGAAUACCAUUUUGCAUGAGCUCAAUUAAUCUCAUCGACAGCACAACAAUAUCUCAAUCACCAUUCAUAAACCGUUCAAAAAACAUCCCUGAAAUUAGUCCUAACGACGCAAUCUUUGCUUUUGACUUAACAUGGGAAGAGAUUCAAAGCCUGAGCCCGUCAAUAUUGAGCCCUUAUUCGUCGAAGUAUGCCUUGUUCCGAAACCCAAGGUUCCGAAACAAAGGGAAUUUCACAACACUACCUGAUUUCUUGGCCAUGGCAAAGAAUGCUGGCACUCUUUCUGGUGUCUUGAUCCAAAUUGAGAAUGCAGCCUACCUUGCUAAGGAUCAGGGUUUAAGUGUAACUGAUGCGGUCUUGUCUUCCUUGAGCAAAGCUGGUUAUGAUAAUCAGACAGCCGUUAAAGUAUUGAUUCAAUCUCCAGAUAGCGCUGUUCUAAUGAAAUUUAAACAGGAAAAUAAAAACUACGAGCUUGUUUACAAAGUUGACCCACCAAUUAGUGAUGUGCUCAAUACAACUGUUGAGGACAUUAAGAGUUUUGCAGACUCCGUAACUAUCACCAAGAACUCCGUCUUCCCUGUAAAUCAGUUCUUUCUCACUGGAGCUACAAAUGUUGUGAAGAAGCUGAAAGCACUCAAUCUCUCUGUAUAUGUGGACACCUUCAGCAAUGAAUUUGUCUCUCAAGCAUGGGAUUUCUUCUCAGAUGCAACAGUAGAGAUCAACUCAUUUGUUUUAGGAGCCGAAAUUGAUGGAGUCAUCACUGACUUUCCAAAGACAUCUGCUAGAUAUAAAAAGAACCGAUGCUUAGCAAUGAAAGAAACACCUAAUUACAUGAGCCCUGUCCAGCCUGGUAGCUUGUUGCAACUUGUUACUCCAAACUACUUGCCUCCAAAAACACCUCCGAGCCCGGUUCUAGAUGACAAAGAUGUAGCUGAGCCACCAUUGCCUCCGGUUUCAGCCAAACCCCCUGCACCUGCUGGGGAAGGUGGCUCGACAGCAGCACCUCCAACUUCUAAACCCAACGGACAACCUAAGCUUGGAGCUGGAGCAGGCUUCUUGCUCUUGAACCUUGCCAUACUUUCCAUUGCUCUACUUCCAUUCUGAGAACGAUAGCAGCAUGUGCUCGGAUUCUUGCUCGUUUCGACUGUAAAUUUCAUAUCUUUACUGUAUUCUAGAACCGAGCUUUGUUAGUUCAAAUUCUUUUUUCGUGAUUCGGUAUUUAAUUCUUUGCACUUUCCUGCCUGUAGGUAUCUUUAGUUUCUUCCCCAUGCUAAAAAACAUCAAUUCUUGAGAGGGUGCAUUCAUGAUGAUGGAUUGAUUAUAUUUGUAACCAAUCUUUCACUAUUUUGCUCUUUUUGCCUUUUGUAACUUGUAAGUUAUGAUUGUGAUUAUUUUCUUUGUUGUAUUUAUCUAAAAUGUUUCGAACUCUCA